AUGUCUCUUUUCGCUAGACCCAAUAUUUUUGUUGCUAUUAUAUUCGGUUGUUUCGCUGUUCUUAUACCACGAUUUUUUUUGCCAUUAUUUCGCUCAAGAUCAUUAUCAUCAACGGCUCAUAUCGAUGAUCAUUUUCAACAAGUACCAUCACCGAUAUCUCCUAAUGAUAACGAUAAGGAUUCUUCACAGUAUAUACAAAAUAUAUAUUCGAAUACGCGAAUGCCUAAUUCUGGUGCUAAUGAUCAACAACAAUCAACAAUCGAUCCAAAUAAUUCACAAUCAGCUGUAACUUUUGCUUUACCAAUGUAUACUGUUGGUAUAGGAAUCUUUUUUAUUUAUACCUGUUGCAAAUAUUGGGCAAAACGUAAUAGUCAAGAGAAUAAAAUAAAACUUCAAUAUUCAACUAAUAAUAUUCAAUGGAAUAAUGACAAAAGAAAAUUUAAAUAUCAUACUAAUAAUUAUCAUAGUGAAGAUGAUGAAGAAAAUGACGAUUUAUACGCUGGAUUAGAUCCUGAUUAUGUUGAAUAUUUAAAGUCGAAAAGACAAAAAGAAUUUGACGCUGAACAAAAUACUUCAGCUGAACAAAGACAAACGAAUCAUGCUCUUGAUGAAAUGAAAAGUUCAUUAUCAUUUAUUAGUUCAAAACUUGGAACAAAUGAAAGAAAAAAUAAUUUAACUCACUAUGAAAUAUCACAAUUACAAGAUCGUUUAGCUUCAACUGAAGCUCAAAUGUAUAAAAUUCUAAAUACAAUUAAUACUGUUGCAAAUAAAGUAAAUGAAUUAAACAAAAACACACGACAAUCUCUUGAACAAUCAGAAGAGAAUUUUAAUAAUGAAGAAGACUAUCAUUUAUCAUUAAGAUCACAUCAUGAAGGUGAAGAUAGUAUAAAUGAUGAAGAAAAUUCAAAUAGUGAUGAUAAUUCAUUGCAUCAAGAAGAACAAAUAUUAUCAAAUAAUCAAGAUGAAACUUCAUCAUCAUCAUCAUCAUAUGAAAAUGAUGAAGAAAAUUCUAAUGAAAUAGAAGAUGAAGUAGACGAAGACGAAGACGACGAUGAUGAUAAUGAAUCUGAAUCAUCAUCUGAGCGCUAUGGUAUAAUGAAUACUAAUUAUGGAUCUGAUCCAAAUGCAAUUGAUGAUUAUGAAUUAGAUGCAAAUAAAAGAUCUGAUCAAACAACUGAUAGUCAAACUAAAGUACAAGAAUGGCAUCAACGUAACCAUUCUCAAUCACUAAGUAGUAAUAAUUCGUCAAUAGAACAAGAUGAAUCGAUACGAAAUGAUGAACAAAAUCCGUUGAACAAGGCUACAAUGUGA